AAUUCUGGAGGGGUGUCCAGGUUUCAGCUCUGUCGAGCUGUCUAAUUUUAGCCUGCGUCUUAUUGCUUUGGAAUGACACGAAAGGAAUUCAUGAGCUGAAAAGUUAUUUCCACGUGCCGCGUUUGGAACUGAACGAAUUGCAUCCUUUAUAUCUAACGGGAAAUGUAGCCUACCACAGCAAGGUCAGAGAUGAACACAAACGGAGACUGUAACCUGGUCGAGACGCCUUUUUAAUGCGGGAUUCCAAUGUGCGGAUGCGGGAUUUAACCAAGCCACGAAGUAACUUUUAGUUGACACAAGGCUGAACUGAGGUGGAUCUGCCGCACUUGUUCUCUGUUGUCUCAAAUUCAGAGGGCUAUAUGGAGGGAUGCAGGAAUGGCUUGCACCAGGAGAACAAAAACUCUGGUGUCUACAUGUGUGAUCCUGAGUGGCAUGACCAAUAUCGUGUGUCUGCUGUAUGUAGGAUGGGUUACUAAUUACAUCGCGAAUGUGUACAUCAAAGUUCCAGAACCUGUCCCGGAGAAAAAGUUAGAGGAGGACAACAAGGGGGAAACUUUGAGGAUUAUAGAAAGACUUGAUCGACUCGAGAAUGUUGUCAACCAGCACAUACAAGAGACACCCCCAAAGGAUGAGAACGCAGCGGUUGAAUCCUUCUCGGACUCCUCCCUGUUCACCCACUGGGGUCAGGACCUGAGUCCCGAGAGCCGCAGGAUCGCGUUCAAGAAGUUCCAGUACUACGGUUACAAUGGCUACCUCAGCGACCGCCUCUCCCUGGACCGGCCCAUCCCUGACCUGAGGCCUGAUGGCUGCAGAAACAUCUCGUACCCUGCAAACCUCCCGCAAGUCAGCAUCGUGUUUAUCUUCGUAAAUGAGGCGCUGUCCGCCAUCCUGCGCUCCAUCCACUCGGCCAUCCGGAGAACGCCGUCCCACCUCCUCAAAGAGAUCAUCCUGGUGGAUGACAACAGCAACAACGAGGACCUGAAGGAAAAGCUGCAGGGCUUUGUGGACGAGACCAAUGGCCAGCAGCCCGGCUUCAUCAAGGUGGUGCGCCACACCCGGCAGGAGGGCCUGAUCCGCUCGCGGGUCAGCGGGUGGAGGGCGGCCACUGCGCCUGUCGUGGCACUCUUCGAUGCCCACGUGGAGUUCAACACUGGAUGGGCUGAACCUAUCCUGCUGAGAAUUAAGGAGGACCGAACUCGAAUCAUCUCCCCGUCGUUCGACAAUAUUAAAUACGACACAUUCGAGAUCGAGGAGUACCCGUUGUCUGCACAAGGCUUUGACUGGGAGCUGUGGUGUCGCUACCUAAACCCACCGAAGUCCUGGUGGAACAAGGCCAACUCCACUGCUCCUAUCAGGAGCCCAGCUCUGAUUGGCUGCUUUGUGGUGGACAGGCAGUACUUUGAGGAAAUCGGCCUUCUGGAUGAGGGGAUGGAGGUGUACGGGGGAGAGAACGUGGAGCUGGGUGUCAGAGUGUGGCAGUGUGGGGGCAGUGUGGAGGUUCUGCCCUGUGCCCGGAUCGCCCACAUUGAACGUGCCCACAAGCCAUACACUGAGGACCUGACGGCACACGUGCGCAGGAACGCUCUGAGAGUGGCUGAGGUGUGGAUGGACGAGUUCAAGAGCCACGUCUACAUGGCCUGGAACAUUCCACAGGAGGACCCAGGAAUUGACAUUGGGGAUGUCUCGGAGAGGAAGGCCCUGAGGAAAAGGCUGCAGUGCAAGACGUUUCGAUGGUACCUAGUCAACGUUUACUCCGAGAUGAGAAUGUACACUGACAUCAUGGCCUAUGGAGUGCUGAAAAGCUCCCUCAGGACUGACCUGUGUCUGGACCAGGGGCCAAACACAGACAAUGUCCCCAUCCUCUACAUCUGCCAUGGGAUGACCCCCCAGAAUGUGUACUAUACUAGCAGUCAGUGGCUACAUGUGGGGGUCCUGAGUCCUACCAUAGACGAUGAUGAUAACAAGUGCCUGGUGGACGUCAACAGCAGGCCGAGGCUAAUUGAGUGCAGCUACGCUACAGCAAAGAGGAUGAAGCUGCACUGGCUGUUUACUCAGGGAGGUUCCAUCCAGAACAGGAAGUCAAAGCGAUGCCUUGAGUUGGUGGAGAGCAGUGAGAGUGAGUUUGGGUACCAGCUGGCUCUGCAGAAGUGCUCUGGUCAGUCAUGGACAAUCACUCAUGUCCUGACUGGCCCCUCAUCAUGACCAGGUCAUUAUGACCAGGUCAGACCAUCUGUCUGUGUGCAAUCCUGGAAGUCAAGAAUCACAUAAACUCAACAGCAAUUAUUCACACACCUUGAUGUCUCUCCCUUUCAUCAGAUGACGUCAUUCAGUAUAUGUCAAACAUUUCUUUCCUACGUGUGCUUACGAAGAAGCCAGGUGGUUGGCUUAUACUUUGCAUAUUGAGAGACUACUACAACGGACUACAUUUUGUGCAAAUCAUUUUUUUCUCUUUUUCUUUUGCAAUGACUUGCGCUGGACCCAAAACACUUUGUAUUGUACCUUGUAUAUUUUUGCUACUGUGUAGCAAGCAAUUGCAAAGUUUCCUGCUGUAUUUUUUUCCUAGUGUCUCAGGUUUGUAGUUUAUUAUGAAAUUGAGUUAAAUCAAGUUUGGAGGAAAUGCCGAUAUGGUAGAAUAUAUCAGACUGAAGAUGUAAAACUAUUUUAUAAAUGUAAAUAUUCUGGAUAUUUAUAACUGACAGUAAACGUAAAGAUGGUGAA